GUAGCUAGAGUCACAGACUGAGACACGACGCGUAGGGAAAAGGUUUAAAGCAUAAACCCACCGUAAAUGGGUUUAUCACUACAUCAUUCGUUAUUUUUCCGAUUCCGUUCAUCUCGACAGUUUGUUUUGGAUGGAUUAUCUUGUUUACGGCUCUCUGAAAAGCCUUACAACGCCCUGUCUGCUCCGUCGUUGACGCUGGAGAACACAGAGAUCUGCAAUGGCAGCUUUUAGUCAGCAGGUGCUCUUUGCAGUCACAAGAUCAAGGGGAUCAUAUUUGUUGUCCAAGAGGCACAGCUGCUCCUCUCUGCCUUCCAAAGCUUAUCUCCACAUAGAGCCUCCUCGACCUCCCUUGUCUUCAACCCCUCCCAGACACCCCAGCUACUGUUUUCGAGGUCAUGCUUUCAGCUGUGACCACAGCUACACCCUGCUCGCCCGCUCUCUGCACAGCUCAGGCGUUUGGCUCCAGGAUAUAAAGCAGGACAACUCCAAGGCCUCUACAUCUACUGCCCAGGAUGUUUCUACGGGUGAUAAAACGGAUUCUGUAGCUGUCACAUCUCAGUCUCAACCUCCGUCAACUCCAACGUCCACUGCUGCCACAGCAGCCACUGUCCCUCCUGUUCAGGAGAAGGCCAUUGCGAAAAAAUCUCUGUAUCAGAGGAUUGUAGAUGAGUUGAAGCAUUACUACAAUGGCUUCAGGUUACUUGGCAUUGACACCAAGAUUGCUGGCAGGAUGGUAUGGAGGCUGCUGCACGGACAAGUGCUCACGCGAAGGGAGAGGAGAAGGCUGAUGAGGACCUGCGCUGACCUCUUUCGCCUCGUGCCCUUUAUGGUGUUCAUCAUCGUCCCUUUCAUGGAGUUCCUUCUUCCCGUCUUUCUCAAACUUUUCCCAGAAAUGCUGCCGUCCACCUUUGAGACGGAGUCUAAAAAGGAGGAGAAGCAGAGGAAAGGUCUGGCUGCAAAGCUGGAACUGGCCAAGUUUCUUCAGGAAACCAUUGCUGAGAUGGCCCGAAGGAAUAAAGCAAAGGCUCAGAUCGAAGAGGAGACCCAGCGCUUCUCCUCAUAUGUUGAGAAGGUUCGGGGAACUGGCGAGCAGCCCACCACGAAGGACAUUGUUCGUUUUUCCAAGCUGUUCGAAGACGAGCUGACGCUGGAACAUCUGGAGCGUCCCCAGCUGGUGGCUCUGUGCAAACUGUUGGAGCUUCAGCCCAUCGGCACAAACAACCUGCUGCGUUUUCAGAUGAUGAUGAAACUCAGAACCAUCAAGUCUGAUGACGAGAUGAUUGCAGCAGAAGGUGUGGCUGCGAUGAGUGUGUCAGAGUUACAGGCAGCGUGUCGCAGUCGUGGGAUGAGGUCUCUGGGUCUCACCACAGAUCAGCUACGUCAGCAGCUGCAGCAGUGGCUGGAUUUGCAUCUGAAGGAGAACGUUCCUCCAUCGCUGCUGUUGCUCUCCAGAGCCAUGUACCUGACAGAGCUCAAACCUAAACCUCACGUCAUCCCACCCGUUCCCAAAUUAGAGAAGGCGGCUGUUCCUCCGGUGGAGAACGCAGGAUCAAACUCAGCUCCUGUCAGUCCUGAAAAGUUGUCCGACCCUGCUGUCGUCAUCAAAGACAGACCGGUGGAAGAACUGAGGGACGAAGCACCCGCAGCAUUGGACAAAUCUUUGACUCCGGCUGAGGUCCUUCAGGCUAAAGCAGCAACGGAGGUGGGCCAGAAGAGCAAAAUGAGUGCAAAUGGUGCUUAAAGAGGAGCAGCUUCAGGGUUGAAGGGGUCGGAGGGUUCACUCAGACCUGUGUUAUUAGUGGGGAGGGGGGCAGCUCAGUGAUUUUCUGCUUUUAAGUGACCCUCUGUAAAAGCUCCAUAAAGCUCUUCUCUCUCUGAGCAUCUUAUCGUAAGAUUCUCCUUGUUGCCGUCUCCCCACUUCAUCCUCUCAGCACCGACCUUCCCCUCAGACAUUUGCCCGCUUCGUUGUCAGUAACUCUCCGAACGUUUCACCCGGACCAAGACGGAAAACCAACAGUGCAAUUUCUUUAACCCAACCCAACACCAAGGAUGUGACGAUCAAACGGCCCUCUGCACUUCCUGGCUAAUCAUCUGACGGCUCCUCCCGUCAGCCCCGAUGGUCUCCUUCCUCUGUAAAUUUGUAGAUAUUAUAUAUAUACAUAUAUUUUUCUCUCUUGCAUCUCAAAAUCAGCACCUUUGUACAGUUUGCUAUGCGAAAGUCAACAUUUUCUCAUUACAUUUAUUUAAUUUGUACUUUUUUUUUUUUAAACAUACAAAAACAAUUUGCUAAACCUUUUGGUUCAAGCACUGCCCAACCUUCAUUUAUGUUCAAAAAGCUUAACUUCGCUAAUUGCGUAAAAUAUAUAUAUAUAAUUGGACAAUUUGAAUCUGUGACUGAUUUAAAUUUAAAAUGCUCAUUCAGAAUGCACAAAAUUUAUUUUGUCUGCUCGUCAAAGCAGAUUGGGCCUUUCUUGUGGGAUGAUAUAGGUUUACUGCUGCUUUAAAAAGGGAAAGAAGACUGGUGUAGAAUAAAUUAACGUUGUAGGGGGCAGUUUAAAUAUAAUUCACCUUUUAUGAUAAGUUGCAGAAAGGACAGUCUGUACGGAAAUGUAGACUUUAUUUGCAUUCUCAGUGAGUUCUGUUGUAACGUGAGGAUGUGAAAACAUCCUUAAAGUAAGAAAAGACCAUGUUAUGUAUGAAUGCUGUUAAAUGGAGGGAAAAGCUGAAAUCCUGAAUCUAUGGAUGAAAUUAUUAUAGUAUUGAUUUAGAUGAAUAAUAUUGUUCUGAGAAAUACCUACGUGUCUUAAUGUUGUUAAACCCCAGGCAGACGGUCCUACAAAUUUAAAUAGUGAACUUUGUUUAGUUGUAACUAUUCUCUUAAAUGCUGUUAAUUUGUAGACUCCAGGAAGUAGACGGCACCAAUGAAAGGAUGGGUUUACACCAAAUGACUGCUAGUGAAGAAUAUUGAUCUUGGUUUUACAUACAGUACGUGCCAGAGGUCAAAGGGUGAUAUUUUGACAGUUUCUCAUUAAGUAUUAAUCACAUCUCUGCCAUUAAAAUGUGAAGGAGAUUCAAGUAAAAAAAAAAAACACAUAAAAGAUUAUCAGUAACUUGCAUUGCCUUUGUGUGUUUUGCUGCCAAAUCUGAAAAAAGUCAAUUCAACAUCUUUCCUGAAUAGUUUGGUCAGUCCUUUUUGAAUUGCUACUUAGCCUUUUUCAUAAACCGUUUACUUUUUUCAAGGUGUCCGAUCCCCAACUGAUGUGUGCGGUUACAUGUGGCUUAACCACUGCUAUUCUGACAGUAUCGCAGGUUCUUGGAGCACGAGCAGCUAGGAGCUGUC